ACAGAUUACCUCCUAUGUACAUAGUCAAUUUAUGGUCACCAUAUUAUACAUUCAGUUCGCAAUGGCGGGUAGAGUUGUGUUGCUGGUUGUACUUACUGGCUACGUUUUAGAAUGUAUGGCAGAUGGGACCCGUCCUAUGGUCCAAGCUAAGUUUGGUAAUGUUCUUGGUAGAUCGGUAACCAUCGGACCUGACGAUUACUUUAAAGAAGAGAAGACCGUGGAUGUCUACCGUAGCAUUCCGUAUGCUGAGCCACCUGUUGGUCCACUUCGCUUCAUGUCGCCUGUAGCGAAAUCGUGGGACGAGAAUAGUGUGUUCGACGCUACCGGUCAACAGCAUGGAUGCUUGCAAGCUAAAUUUGAUAUUUUACCAAUCUUCGAAGACUUCAGCGAAGAUUGUCUACAGUUGGACGUGUACACACCAAAUCCAAGGCCAGUUAAGGCUCCCGUGAUGGUCUUCAUACACGGUGGUGGGUUUGCAAUUGGUAUUGGAACAUCUGGUAACUUGACGCAGGUACCAAUGGUAGCCGUCGGUGACGUCAUAGUUGUUAACAUUAAUUACCGGUUGAACGUCUUCGGCUUUUUCUCUACAGGUGAUGACGUUGUUUCCGGUAACAUGGGGUUAAAGGAUCAAACAUUAGCUCUGCAAUGGGUUCAUGAUAACAUAGCCGAAUUUGGAGGGGACCCAGAAAUGGUUACGAUCUAUGGCGAAAGUGCCGGAUCCAUGUCAGUCACAUACCAUACCGUAUCUCCGAUGAGUAAAGGUCUAUUUCAUCGCGCCAUUAUGCAGAGUGGGACAAUUAUUCCAUCUUUCCACAAUGGAGAGGACACUAAAGAUUUACAGCGUUCCAGGGCAUUUGCGUUUGGCAGAACUCUGGGAUGUAACCAGACAAAUACCAAAGAACUAGUGAAAUGUCUUCAAUCUAUCGACAGCGAAACUCUGUUUGCCAAUUAUUCAGUUAAUACAGCGAUUGAGAAUGGGGAAAGCCCUCUCACAAAUGCAUUUUCCCCAAACUCUGAUGGCCAGUUCAUGCUAGAUGAUCCAAGUGUUCUUCUCGACGACGCGGACGCAAUUAACGACGUGGACGUCAUGUUGGGAAGUCUCGCCGAUGAAGGCUCAUUGUUCGUCAAAUUCUUUAAACAAGGUGAUAUAUUCAAUCGCACCCAUAUGGAAAUGUGGGCCAGUACAAUGCUGUUUUUGCAACUCAAAACCGAACUAGCAAGGGAAACUACCAUUUUAUUUUAUCUAACUGAUGAGCAGAUAACACACCCAGAAUCCGACCAUACGAACAGUACCAAUCAACUGAUAGGUGAUAUGUUUUUCGUGUGCCCAACGACGAAGACGGCACAACAACUUACCGAUGCGGGGAAAAACGUGUUUCUGUAUCACAUGACUCACGUACCUUCACGUUCUUUUUGGAAUAUGACAGGACUUGGAGCCGCUCAUGGCGACGAUUUAAUAUACGUAUUUGGGAUGCACUACAAUGAAGAACUUAAAGGCAUACUUUACGGGCUACUCCCCGACGAGGAAAUUCGAUUAACCCAUGCCAUGUUAUCGUAUUGGACAAAUUUUGCCAAGACAGGAGAUCCCAAUAACUCUGGCGGUGACAGUGAUUUUGUCUCAUCCUAUCCAGAGUGGCCAAAGUUUUCUCUUUCUGACCACGAAUAUAAGGAGAUUUCAACGAGCAUGCGCAAUGGCAACUUCUUGAAGCCGAAGGAGUGUAGCUUCUUUAAUGAUAUUUUUCCAAAAAUAGUAGAAGUUGAAGAAAAGUUGAAGAAGUUUGAGUCAGAAGAAAAUCAUGAAAAGACGAAAUACACAUGUCAAUCUGAUACAUGUGACGUCAUGUCACAGUUAACCUCCUAUGUACAUAGUCAAUUUAAGGUCACCAUAUUAUACAUUCAGUUCGCAAUGGCGGGUAGAGUUGUGUUGCUAGUUGUACUUAUUGUCUGUGUUUUAGAAUGUAUGGCAAAUGAGACCCGACCUAUGGUCCAAGCUAAGUUUGGUAAUGUUCUUGGUAGAUCGGUAACCAUCGGACCUGACGAUUACUUUAAAGAAGAGAAGACCGUAGAUGUGUACCGUAGCAUUCCGUACGCUGAGCCGCCUGUUGGUCCACUUCGCUUCAUGUCGCCUGUAGCGAAAUCGUGGGACGAGAAUAGUGUGUUCGACGCUACCGGUCAACAGCAUGGAUGCUUGCAAGCUAAAUUUGAUAUGGUACCAAUCUUCGAAGACCUGAGCGAAGAUUGUCUCCAGUUGGACGUGUACACACCAAAUCCAAGGCCAGUGAAGGCUCCCGUGAUGGUCUUCAUACACGGUGGUGGGUUUGUAAUUGGUAUUGGAACAUCUGGUAACUUGACGCAAGUACCAAUGGUAGCCGUCGGUGAUGUCAUAGUUGUUAACAUUAAUUACCGGUUGAACGUCUUCGGCUUUUUCUCUACAGGUGAUGACGUUGUUUCCGGUAACAUGGGAUUUAAGGAUCAAACAUUAGCCCUGCAAUGGGUCCAUGAUAACAUAGCCGAAUUUGGAGGGGACCCAGAAAUGGUUACGAUCUAUGGCGAAAGUGCCGGAUCCGUGUCAGUUACAUACCAUACCGUAUCUCCGAUGAGUAAAGGCCUAUUUCAUCGCGCCAUUAUGCAGAGUGGGACGUCAAGUAUUCCAUCUUUCCACAAUGGAGAGGACACUAAGGAUUUACAGCGUUCCAGGGCAUUUGCGUUUGGCAGAACUCUGGGAUGUAACCAGACAAAUACCAAAGAACUAGUGAAAUGUCUUCAAUCUAUCGACAGCGAAACUCUGUUUGCCAAUUAUUCAGUUAAUACAGCGAUUGAGAAUGGGGAAAGCCCAAUCACAAAUGUAUUUUCCCCCAACUCUGAUGGCCAGUUCAUGCUAGAUGAUCCAAGUGUUCUUCUCGACGACGCGGACGCAAUUAACGUCGUGGACGUCAUGUUGGGAAGUCUCGCCGAUGAAGGCUCAUUUUUCGUCAGAUUCAUAAAACAAGGUGAUAUAUUCAAUCGCACCCAUAUGGAAAUGUGGACCAGUACAAUGUUGUUGCAAUUCAAAACCGAACUAGCAAGGGAAACUACCAUUUUAUUUUAUCUCACUGAUGAGCAGAUAACACACCCAGAAUCCGACCAUACGAACAGUGCCAAUCAACUGAUGGGCGAUAUGUUUUUCGUGUGUCCAACGAUGAAGACAGCACAACAACUCGCCGAUGCAAGGAAAAACGUGUUUCUGUAUCACAUGACUCACGUACCUUCACGAUCUGUGUGGAAUAUGACAGGACUUGGAGCCGCUCAUGGCGUCGAUUUAAUAUAUGUAUUUGGGAUGCACUACAAUGAAGAACUUAAAGACAUAAUUUACGGGCUACUCCCCGACGAGGAAAUUCGAUUAACCCAUGCCAUGUUAUCCUAUUGGACAAAUUUUGCCAAGACAGGAGAUCCCAAUAACUCUGGCGGUGACAGUGAUUUUGUCUCAUCCUAUCCAGAGUGGCCAAAGUUUUCUCUUUCUGACCACGAAUAUAAGGAGAUUUCAACGAGCAUGCGCAAUGGCAACUUCUUGAAGCCGAAGGAGUGUAGCUUCUUUAAUGAUAUUUUUCCAAAAAUGGUAGAAGUUGAAGAAAAGUUGAAGAAGUUUGAGUCAGGAGAAAAUCAUGAAAAGACGAAAUACACAUGUCAAUCUGAUACAUGUGACGGUGAAGAUCCAUAAACGAUGACGCCUGCAAAUAUCGUAUAAGCCAUCACAGGUAAUACUUCAACAUUCUGGUUGUUCGUUAAUUGUCUGAAGAAAUUUAGCUGUGAUGAGAUUUAUUCCACCUUGCUCAGAAUAUU